AUGGCUCACAGUCACACUAAUGGCAACAUGAUCUCUUCUUCUUUCUCMAAAAACUUAGGGGAGGAGCGUGAAAUCCAAAAGAAUUACUGGAAAGAACAUUCUGCGGAUUUGAGCGUUGAGGCUAUGAUGCUUGAUUCCAAAGCUGCUGAUCUCGACAAAGAAGAACGACCUGAGAUACUUGCGCUUCUUCCACCGAUUGAAGGGAAAACAGUGCUGGAGUUUGGAGCUGGCAUUGGUCGUUUCACUUGUGAAUUAGCUCGGAAGGCCGGUCAGGUCAUUGCGGUUGACUUCAUUGAUAAUGUUAUCAAGAAGAAUGAAAACGUUAAUGGGCACUACAAGAAUGUCAAAUUUAUGUGUGCUGAUGUCACAUCCCCGAAUAUGAACUUUUCACAUGACUCUAUGGAUCUGAUAUUCUCCAACUGGCUGCUAAUGUAUCUCUCUGAUAAAGAGGUUGAAGAUUUGGCGAAAAAGAUGUUACAAUGGACCAAGGUUGGCGGGUAUAUUUUCUUUCGGGAGUCUUGCUUCCAUCAGUCUGGUGAUAACAAGCGGAAGUACAACCCAACUCACUACCGCGAACCCAAAUUUUACACAAAGCUUUUCAAAGAAUGCCAUAUGAAUGACGAUGAUGGGAAUUCGUACGAACUCUCUUUGGUUAGCUGUAAAUGCAUUGGAGCUUAUGUGAGAAGCAAAAAGAACCAGAACCAGAUAUGCUGGCUUUGGCAAAAAGUCAGUUCGGAUAAUGAUAGGGGCUUCCAACGCUUCUUGGACAAUGUCCAGUAUAAAUCCAGUGGUAUCUUACGCUAUGAGCGUGUCUUUGGACAAGGGUUUGUGAGCACAGGGGGACUCGAGACAACGAAGGAAUUUGUGGAUAUGCUGGAUCUGAAACCCGGCCAGAAAGUUCUAGAUGUUGGAUGCGGAAUCGGAGGAGGGGACUUUUACAUGGCUGAGAACUUUGACGUGGAUGUUGUAGGCAUUGAUCUAUCUGUAAACAUGAUCUCUUUUGCCCUCGAACACGCUAUAGGACUCAAAUGCUCUGUAGAAUUCGAAGUAGCUGAUUGCACCAAGAAAGAGUAUCCAGAUAACACCUUUGAUGUUAUUUACAGCAGAGACACCAUUCUGCAUAUCCAAGACAAGCCAGCAUUGUUCAGAACAUUCUACAAAUGGUUGAAGCCGGGAGGCAAAGUUCUCAUUACCGAUUACUGCAGAAGCCCCAAAACGCCGUCUCCAGAUUUUGCAAACUACAUCAAGCAACGAGGUUAUGAUCUUCAUGAUGUACAAGCAUACGGUCAGAUGCUGAAAGAUGCUGGAUUCAGUGAGGUAAUUGCAGAGGAUAGAACCGAUCAGUUCAUGAAAGUCCUGAAACGGGAACUGGACGCAGUGGAGAAGGAGAAGGAUGACUUCAUCAGCGACUUCUCGAAAGAGGAUUACGAGGAUAUCGUAGGCGGGUGGAAGUCAAAGCUACUCAGGAGCUCAAGUGGUGAACAGAAGUGGGGUUUGUUCAUCGCUAAGCGAAACUGA